UAUUUGUUUUAAACAAAGUUGCUUGAUGCUGUGAUUACAUCAUUUUGAGUAAAACAUGCCGUUUAUUUUUUGGGUUUUGUUUCUGUACCUACAGGGCUACAGUCCUACUCCAAUUCGGAGCCAACGCGAGUCUUGUGAUUCCCCGCCCUGCCCAAGGCCCAAACUGCUCAAGCCUCUCGUCACAGCCGCCGCGAGACAUGCUCCGCCGCGCCGCCGCUACGACGGCUACGCUCAAUGGCCGCGCGGCGGAGUGGUUCCGUCGCCUCACCCAAGGACCGGUGACGCUUCCGCCCGCGCAUCUCGGGCGCCAGCGCCACCAUCCGCAAGCCCAACUCCGACCCCCACGCGCCGUGGUGUCGGCGCCGCCGCUCCUGCCGCGUCUGUGUGGCGCGCGGGGCUACAGCUACAGGCGCAUGGCGCGGCGCAUCCCGAUGGCGAGGCCCGACGGGUACUCCAGCUCCGACGGCGAGGCGGAGGAUCCCGACGCGCGCGAGGCCGGGGAGAUCACGGAGCCCGUCGGCGGCGCGGGCGCGGAGGGCGACGACGACUCGGAGGGCAGCGAGGUGGAGGGGUUCAUGCUGGACUUGAGCUCCUUCCCCGGCUCCGGCGACGAGGAGGGCACAGAAGAGGGAGGGAAGUAGCGAGGCGGGAUUUCGCUGUGGGAAGCUUCGCCUCGGGGGGAAGGGACGUUCGCCAGAUGCUCGUAGAAAUGCCGGUAUAGCGCCGCGUCUAGUUACGAUGAUUGUGUAUUUUUUUUAAUUGAUAUUGAUUUUACCAACGAUUUCAACUGGUAUUCGAUGAAAUAGCAUUUCCUUUGUUUUCACUAGUGCUAUCCGGUGCACCAAUGCCAUGUUGCGGUGCAUCACAUUGAUGCCAUGGUGACGGCUAGGGAAGCGCUGCUUUUCUCAAUUGCUUUCAA